AUGGCGCAUACCGACUCGUCCAUCGACCUGACGGUCAAGAGCCUCUUCUCGUUUGCCUCGCAGACCGUCUUGAUUACCGGUGGCGCCUCGGGCCUUGGGGAGAUGGCAGCGCAGGCAUUUGUCCAGAACGACGCGCGCGUCAUCAUUGCCAGCCGGAAGAAGAAGGACCUGGAGGCCACGGCGGACCGCCUCAAUAAGCUCGGCCCGGGCAAGUGCGAGUACAUAGUCGCCGACCUGAAGGACAAGGCUGGGUGCGAAGCCCUGGUGGCCGAGGUCAAGAAGAGAACGGACAAGCUGGAUGUGCUUAUGAACAACUCGGGCGCUACAUGGGGCGCACCGUACGACGACUUCCCAGAAUCAGGCUGGGACAAGAUCAUGGCACUAAACGUAAAAGCCAUUUUCUACGUGACCGCAGGCCUGCACCAUCUCCUCACAAAAGACGCCACUGCCGACGCGCCCAGCCGCGUGAUCAACAUCGCCAGCGUGGCAGGGAUAUCCACCAUGGACGUGACGGCGGGCGAGGAUGGCGGCCUGUCCCCGCCGGGCACCGGCACAUUCAGCUACGCCCCGAGCAAGGCCGCAUGCAUUCACCUGUCCAAGAUCCAGGCCUCGAAGCUCAUGAGCGAGCACGUCACGGUCAACUGCAUCGCACCUGGUGUCUUCCCCAGCAAGAUGUCGGCCUUCGGGCUCAAGGAGGCUGGCGAUCUGCUCAGGGCCGUGCAGCCGAGCGGGCGCGUCGGCAAGCCUGAGGAUUUCGCCGGGCUGGUGCUGUUCGUGGCGAGCAAGGGCGCGGCGCACAUUACGGGCAACGUGUUCGAGAUUGAUGGCGGGGUGAACCUUACUGGUGCAAAAGGCAAGGGAAUGGCCAAGAAGGCCAGGUUGUAA